CACACACAAAGCAAACCGGAAGUUAAAAAAUGGAGUGUUGGGGUUUGAGUAAGUGUGAAUCAUGGUUAUAUUGGUCGUUGAUGAUACAAAUUCUUGUGGUCUGGCAAACACAAGGAGAUUGCAUAGAAGAGGAGAGAAAUGCACUGCUCGAAAUCAAAGCAUCCACAUACGAUUCUAAAAUGGACCAUUUUCUCCCCACUUGGGUUGAUCAUGGUGGCGACUGUUGUGAUUGGGAGAGGGUCAACUGCAACAUAAUCACUGGACAUGUGACAGAUCUUUUCUUGUACAAUUUGAGAGGGAUGAAUGAUGUUGAUAUGGAGCUUCAAUCCAAAUACCAAGGGAACAAAUUAUGGCCAUUGAAUGUGUCCUUGUUUCUUCAUUUUAAAGAGUUGAAAAGUCUCAAUCUGUCAUAUGAUUUUCUUGAUAAAGAGAUGAUUAUGAAGACAGGACUUGGAAUGUUAUCGAGUUUGAAUAAGUUAGAGACACUUGACCUCAGCAAAAAUUUUGAUCUUGACAAUGACAUACUUCCAUCAUUGACGGCACUCACUUCACUCAUAGUUUUGGAUCUUAGCUACACUGGAUUGAAUGGAUACUUCCCUAUCAAUGAAUUCGCAGCUUUAGAAAACUUGGAGAUGUUGGAUCUAACCCAAUGUGAAUUUAAUGGUACCGUUGAGAUUCAAGGUUUUGAGAGGGUUCCCAUAUUGAGCAAGUUGAAAACUUUAAAUCUUGGCUCCAACGAAUUUAAUGCAAGUGUUAUGACAUUUUUAAAUAACCUUUCAUCGCUUAGAAACUUGGAUCUUAGCAAUAAUCCAUUAUCUGGACUAUUUCCAGUUCAAGGAUUAGCCAAGUUAAUGAACAUGGAGAAGUUGGAUUUAAGUUAUACUGGGCUUGAUGGCACACCAAAUAUCCAAGUUUGUAAGAGCUUAUCAAGAUUGAAAAAGCUAGAGAGUAUAGUUAUUUCACAUAAUAAUUUCAACAAGAGCAUCAUAUCAUGCUUAAGUUCCCUCCCAUCCCUCAAGAUUCUUGAUCUUUCAUAUUCCGUUUCAUUGGGAGAAUCCUUUCCUGACCAAGAACUCCCUAAUUUGCACGAUUUGGAAGUCCUCCUCAUGACAAAUAAUGGUUUCAAUGGAACCCUACCAAUGAAGGCUUUGUCAUCUUUCCACUAUCUCGAGGUCUUAGAUUUGAGUGACAACAAUUUUGCUGGGAGCAUCCCGUCAUCAAUACAAGCAUUAUCUUCUCUUCGAGUUGUCUCAUUCACUAACAAUGAGCUUAAUGGCUCAUUAUCUGAUCAUGGAUUAUGUGAGUUGAAGAACCUCCAAGAAAUGGAUCUUAGUCACAACAUGCUCGAUGGAAUCCUGCCUCAAUGUUUCAACAAUCUAUCAUCUCUUAAACUGCUCGACAUAUCUUCGAAUCGAUUCAGGGGAAAACUUCCACCAUCACUGAUUGCUAAUCUCACAUCUCUCGAGUACAUUGAUUUUAGUUAUAACAAAUUCCAAGGUUCAUUCCCGUUUAGCUCAUUCUCCAAUCUUACAAACCUUCAAGCAGUUCAAUUCAUAAGCGCAAAUGACAAAUUUGAGAUGGAAACAGAAGAUCCUAUAGGUUGGAUUCCAAUGUUCCAAUUGAAAGUUCUUGUGCUAUCAAGCUGCAAUAUAAAUAGACAUAAAGGAAGUGUUGUUCCUACCUUUCUACUUCACCAGCACAAGUUACAAGAACUACACAUACCUCACAACUCGUUGGAGGGAAAUUUUCCAAAUUGGUUGAUUGAAAAUAACACAAAUCUGGAAGUUCUCAAUCUAAGGAACAACUCAUUUGGUGGUAUUAUUUCUAUGCCUUUUUAUAGAAAUUCUUACAUGCGGUGGUUGGAUAUAUCGGGAAAUCACAUAAUAAAUUCUAUUCCUAGCGAUAUACCAGAGUUUCUUCCCAAUAUAACUCACUUCAAUUUUUCAAGAAAUGCUUUCAAUGGUGUUAUCCCAUCUUCUAUAGGUGAUUUGAGUGAAUUACAGAUACUGGAUUUAUCCGAUAAUGAGUUAUCAGGAGAAGUACCAAAGGGGCUGCUUACAAAUCUCUCUCUUUUAAGUAUAUUAAAACUAUCAAACAACAAAUUUCACGGCGAGAUACUCUCAGGAAACUUAAGCUUGGGCAACAUCGAAAGGGUCCAUUUAGAUAGCAAUUAUUUCACAGGGAAGAUUGGAAUCAAGAGCAAGAACAAGUUUGAAUUCAUGACUGUUCUCGAUAUUAGCAAUAACUUUUUUACAGGUGUCAUCCCCUCUUGGAUAAGCAACAUGGGUACAAUCGGUGCCUUUUCUCAACUUGUGAUAAGAAACAAUAGUUUUAAAGGUCGGUUUCCGUGUGGAACAGCUUCAUUCUCGUUUUUUGAUAUCUCACAUAAUUCUUUCUCUGGUUCGAUACCUUCUUGCUUAAACCUGCGACAUGUCGAGCAUCUUCAUUUGGGUUCUAAUAGAUUCAUCGGACCAAUACCGAGCUUCUUUCGUAAUCUGACUAGGGUUUUGACUUUGGACAUCGGCAACAACAACUUGUCGGGAAUCAUUCCUGAAUUUCUUGGUGACUUAUCUACACUAAGGAUUCUUCUUUUGAGAAAAAAUAAGUUUACUGGUUCUUUGCCGAAUCAUUUGUGUCAGUUAAGUGAUGCGAGUUUGAUAGAUUUAUCGGGUAACACCCUUUCUGGUUCGAUACCUAGUUGCCUACGAAACAUCACGGGUCCAAAAUACCUUGCUUUCAUGAAAGAAACUGUUUCAUCAUACCCUAUAAGUUCAUAUUACUAUUAUAAGGGUGUUCUAGAUAGACAAUUUACUAGUAACGACCGCAGUGAAAUGUUUGAAAUACAAGAUGAAGUUCAGUUUACAACAAAAGGCCUCUCUCUCCCCUACAAGGGCGAUGUUCUUGAUAUCAUGUCAGGAUUGGAUCUUUCGUGCAACAAAUUAACAGGUGAAAUCCCAGAAGAACUAGGGUUUUUGAUCCAGAUUCGUGCUCUGAACCUGUCUCACAAUCAUCUGACUGGACCCAUUCCGGUGACUUUUUCAAAUCUUGCAAAUAUUGAAAGCUUAGAUCUUUCUUCAAAUGGUUUGACUGGAAAAGUUCCAUCAGAACUGAUUAAGUUGACUUCUUUAUCUAUUUUCAAUGUUUCUCACAACAAUUUAUCAGGAAGACUCCCAGAAAUGAAAGCUCAAUUUGGUACUUUCACAGAGACGAGCUAUGAAGAGAACCCACGUCUUUGUGGACCGCCACUUGCGAAUAGAUGCAAGACUAAUUCACUGUUUACCAAUCCAUUAGUUGAAGAAGACACUGAGAAAUGGUAUAACAUCGAUAUGACAUCCUUCUAUGCAAGUUCUAGUUCGACAUUUGUUGUGUUAUUAUUGGGAUUUGCUGCAGUUCUAUACACCAAUCCUCAUUGGCGUAGAAGGUGGCUAGAUCGAGUUGAAGAUUCCUCUUCCCAUAAUCAUAGAUUUGUCGAUUCCAUGCUUGAAAACGUAUGUGAGUUCUUCUUCCGUGAUAUAUCUCCAAGAAAGGAUCCAAAGACUUUGCUUCAGUACAUUCAAUCAAUGGGUAUAGAGCUAGUUUUUGCAGAGUGA